AUGAAGGAUGAUCAAGAACUACAAGUAAUUGUUCAUCAGGGAAAAGAACCAAAUCCAACAGUUCAAGACGAAAGAAAUUCGGUCAGUAGCAGCCAAACAGAAGUACCUAACUCAAAUACGUACAAACGGUGGAUCCGGGUGAUUGUCUAUACAUUCUUUGUCAUUUCAGGCCAAUCAGUCGCUACAAUUCUAGGCAGACUCUACUAUGACAAUGGAGGAAACAGCAAAUGGCUAGCAACGGUAGUUCAACUUGUAGGCUUUCCUGUUCUACUUCCAUAUUAUCUUGUGACAGUCAAAACACACACAACAACAACUCCUCAUGGAGAUGGCAAAACAACCUCGCCUAGGAACCGUAUAUUGGUUUACGUAGUUCUUGGACUUCUUGUAGGAGGAGAUUGUUACCUAUACUCCAUCGGACUACUUUACCUACCCGUUUCUACCUUUUCCCUGAUCUGUGCAUCUCAGUUGGCCUUCAACGCUUUCUUCUCUUAUUUCAUCAACUCACAAAAACUUACUCCAAUCAUUUUGAAUUCUCUUUUGCUCCUAACCAUAUCUUCCACCCUUCUUGCAUUCAAUAAUGAGGAAUCAAGCUCCCAAAAAGCUACAAAAGCAGACUAUGUCAAAAGUUUCAUAUGCACCAUCGCUGCUUCUGCUGGGUUUGGUCUAGUCCUAUCCCUACAACAGCUAGCCUUCCACAAAGUCCUAAAGAAGCAAUCUUUCACAGAAGUUAUGGAUAUGAUCAUCUACGUGAGUCUAGUGGCCAGUUGUGUUAGCUUGGUGGGGCUAUUUGCUAGCAGCGAGUGGAAAACUUUGAGCAGUGAAAUGGAGAACUACAAGCUUGGGAAGGUAUCUUACGUUAUGAACCUAGUGUGGACAGCUAUUACCUGGCAGGUCUUCAGCAUCGGUGGCACGGGACUUAUCUUCGAGCUUUCCUCUCUAUUUUCAAAUGCAAUAAGCGUUUUGGGACUUCCCGUGGUUCCUAUCCUGGCUGUCAUCAUUUUCCAUGACAAAAUGAACGGGUUAAAGGUGAUUUCUAUGAUCUUAGCUAUUUGGGGUUUCGCAUCCUAUGUCUACCAACACUAUCUUGAUGACCAAAACUUGAAGAAAAGUCAAGGAAUCGACCCACCAGAAGCAGAAGAGUCAAGUGGGCAAUCAAAAUAA